AUGUCAAGUAACCGAAGCGAUGGGGCGAUCUAUGAAGAAGGUGGCGCCCUUGGAAAACUCGGGGCUGCUCGCGAGGCCGCAUAUUUCCAACAGAAAGAUCGGGAGCAAAUUGAACAAAUGAGGCAGCAGAUCCAGCAAAAAGAGGCUGAACUCAGGCACCCAGAGAAACAAAAACCUGUUAGCUUUUUUCCUUCAAUUUCUGUGAACGAUCAAAUAUUAAAAAAACUCAAGAAAAUUUCAUAAGGAAUCCUGAAAAAAAUCAGCUUCUUAAUGAUCUAAAUUUUCUUUCAAACUGAGCCCCGAACAAAAGUAUGACUUUUCAGGAACACGUCGAGUUCGGGCAGGACCAGAGAAACGGAAGCGGAAAUCGCUAA